AAAAAGAAGCGACCAAAAGGCUUCUUAAUCUGUCCCAUUCGUGGUCCUCUACGAGUCCGAAAAUAUGAUGCGAAAGGCCAUUAUACCGAGGAAUAUCAAAGAAUUAGAUUAAUUAAGUAUCUUUUACAAAAAGGUUAUCCUAAACAUCAGUUUAUUAUUGAAUACGCAAUACCAAUCGGACAUAAAGGACAUAAUACUCUCCGAGUUGAUUUAGUAAUCAAAGAACAAAAGAAAUUUAUCUGUGUCGCCGAAGUGAAAAAAAAUUACUCCAAAGAAAAUAAAAAUUCAGCCAUUCGCCAUCAAUUAAUACCGGCUAUGCAAAUAGUUAAUGCUAAAUAUGGAGUUUAUUUUGACGGAACCCAAAAUAGUCGCUUAUUAUUCAGGAACAACGAUGGAAGCCUCUCAAUUCGGGAAUUUCCUUAA